AUGGCGACGAAGAAAGCGACGCUGUCGGACACGGAGAAUCUCGCCGUCGGUGCCCUCGGUGGUAUCCUCGAAACUGGCAUACAGAUGCCUUUAAUCACGUAUAAGAUCACUUCGCAAGAUGGUCGACCGAUGCCUAAGAACAUUCAAGGUUGGUACAGAGGCGUGGUUGCUAACGCAGGUGCAGUGGCGCCGAUUACUGCGUUUCAAAUGGCCGUGAACGGUGGCUUAGAGAGACUUAUUUUAGCCGGCGAUACCUCGAGAGAGUUGCAAGCGCACGAGAAGAUUGGUGCAGCGAUGGGUGCUGGCGCAAUCAGCUCCAUCUUGUAUUCCCCGUUGGAUUUGGUUGUCAUCCAACAGCAAAAGUUGGCGACGUCUAUUGGUGGAGCGUUAUCGGCCGUGACGAAGGAGCAUGGUAUGGCGGCUCUCUUCCGCGGCUUCACGUCGUGCGCGGUGCGAGAGUCGAUUUACACCGCGGGCUACUUGGGCGUCGGUCCAGUCGCGACGCAACAUAUCAAAACCAUGCACCCAUUUUUUAGCGAGAACGAACAAGCCGCGCGUAUCGCGGGAUCGUGCUUUGCGGGUACCAUGGCGGCGGUGAUGACGCACCCGGUGGAUACGGCGAAGACGUGCAUGCAAGGAGACAUGGCGUCCACGACGUACCGAAACGCCCGAAGCGCGUUGGGUCAAGUCUACAGCGAACACGGUAUUGGGGGGCUUUAUAGAGGUGGUGCGGCUAGAACAGCGAGAAUUUGCGGCGCGUUCUUUAUCGUUGACAACGUCAGAGAAGCGGCGAUGAAGUACAAAGCCGAGCACUUUGAUUCGUAA